AUGCCGCUCCUCCUCAUCAAUUUAUCCAGCAUCUGCCUCGUAUUCUUCUUCGUCUAUAUCGCUAGAAGCAUCUACCUCUGGCAACGCCUCCGCCACAUCCCCGGCCCGCCCAGCGCAGCAUGGACAAUCUGGUGGCAGCUCUCCGGCGCAAUGUCCGGGCGAUAUCACGAGCGGCUCAAAGACGCCGCCGACACACAUGGCCCUCUGGUCCGCAUCGGCCCCAACCAGCUCCUCUCCGUCGACCCCGACGUCCUCCGCCGCAUGUCCGCCGUUCGCAGCGGCUACACAAAGGGCAAGUUUUACGCCAGCGGCAGAAUCUUCUCUGGUAAAGCCAACGAGGGCUUCAGCUUCGAACCAGCCCUGGACCGCCAACUGACCAGCUUCAUCACCCUGCUCGAGCGCAAGUACCUCUCCUCGGGCUCCGACGUGCGCCCGUUUGACAUGGCCGAGCAGACGCAGUUCUUCGCCCUAGACGCCAUUGGCGACAUUUCACUCGGCCAGCCCUUUGGCUAUCUCGAAAAGGACCAGGACUUGUAUCAGUACAACAAGAUCAACAGAACGUCGCUGCCCGUCAUGAAUGCCGUUUCCGUGAUGCCGGCGCUGGCGAGUCUCAUUCAUACGUGGCCGCUGAGGUUAUUGUUGCCCAAAGAAGGGGACCAAAGUCGGCUUUGGUCGACUGAUGCAUCAUUACAAGUCCAGAGACGCCUCGACCCCAAGACUCCGCGCACUCGCGACAUGAUGCAAGCGCACAUUGACAACGGCAUGACCAAGAAUAAUCUCAUCCAGCAAGUCCUUCUCUCCAUCAUUGCCGGCUCAAACUCCUCCGCCCACGCCCUCCGCAUGACCCUCCUCGCCCUCAUAACCAACCCCCCAGCACACACCGCCCUCCUCACCGAAAUUCGCUCCCUCACCCCCUCCUCCUCCUCCUCCCGCAUAAUCUCCUGGUCUCAUACCCAAUCCCUGCCUUACCUCCGAGCCGUCGUCAGCGAAGGCCUCCGCAUGUGGCCCCCCGUCAGCGGCCUCGGCUUCAAAACCGUUCCCCCCGAAGGCGAUUCCCUCAACGGCUACUUUGUCCCCGGGGGCACCGAAAUCGGACAGGGUUUCCAUGGCGUCGGCCGGUCCAAGGCCGUUUGGGGAGCGGACGCGGAUGUCUUUCGCCCGGAGAGGUGGCUCCGUGCUGAGGGGUUCGAACUGAAGAAGAUGAGGAAUGCGCUGGAUACGCAUUUCGGACAUGGCAAGUAUUCUUGUCUCGGGAAGCAGAUUGCUUUGAUGGAGCUGCACAAGGCUGUGUUUGAGCUUGUACGAUGCUUCGACUUUUGCAUCGUCAACCCUGAAAAUCCGAUCAAGACGACCGCGUCGAUAUUCCUCUUUGCGUCCGACUUUUGGGUGACGAUGACCAAGCGCCGUCCUUGA